AUGCAAUUAUUCACAUUAGUUUCAAUCGCUACAUUAGCUCAAUCAAUCGUUUGUGCUGGUUUAAAUCCAAUUGGUUCUGCUUUAGCAGCUGAUAAAUAUGUUCAUACAGCAAAUUAUAAAAUCAAAUUCAAUUCAAAAGAUUUAAAACAUGAAGGUACGCUAUCAAUCAAGGCAAAAAUCAAUGAUGAUAAUAAAGAAAAUUCUGGAUUCUUUAUUGCAAAUAGAAGUAAUCAAUCAUCAACAAAUUUAAUUCCAAAGAAGGAAAUUAAAUUUGAUCAAAAAUCAGUUGAUGCAGUUUUUGGUUAUAGAUCUAAUGAUGAUAAUGAUGUUAUUUUUGAAAUUGAAGGUUAUUCAAAUCCUCAAAAAAACGUUGUUGGUACUUCUAUUGAUUUUACUGGUAUUUUCCAACCAAAGAUUAAUGAUGGUGCUUCAGUUGGUAUACCAUUUGAAGUUUCAGCAAUUUUGAAUUGA